CACGUUCACAUUUUCAUUUGGGACGAUGUGUUUUGCAUGCUUUUUAUGCCCUUCUUGAACAAAGCCGACAGAGAAGACUUUUGGAGUGGAGAUCACAUGAUUUCUUACUAACUUUCGGUUCAAGUUACUUCUUUUUCACUACUCAUCCAACUCUCUACUCUCUUUUAUCGUCUUCUUCAUCUUCUUACUCUUCUUCAUCUUCUUCUUCUGGUCAAAAGCCAGAACCGAAAUGGCUAAUGAGCAGCUGAAGCAUUCUACAUCUCAGUUUUCCCAAAUCUUCCAUGUUUUCUUCUUACUUAUUGGCUUCUCCAUUGGAAUGGCUGUCAGUUUGAACCUCAAGAGCUUCUCAUCAUUCAACAUCCAGCUCCCCAACUUUUCCUUUCCAUCUUCACCAUCAACAACACUAGUGUUUGUUAGACAGCAACAACCACCUCCGGCCUUAUCGUCACCACCACCACUUCAACCGCCAUCUCCUUCAGUUGACUUCUACGAAAUGAAUAAUUUUUUCGAGGUGAACGUAGAGCCCCCUCUAAUGCAUAGAAUGAGUGAUGACGAGGUGUUCUGGAGAGCAUCCAUGGUUCCAAUGAUCAAAGAAUUUCCAUACGAACGUGUGCCAAAAAUUGCUUUCAUGUUUCUGAUAAAAGGGUCAUUGCCUUUAGCUCCUUUGUGGGAAAUGUUCUUCAAAGGACAUGAACACCUCUUCUCAAUUUACGUGCAUACUCAUCCAUUGUAUAAUGUUUCCUCUUCUCUGCCUCCAAACUCUGUCUUCUAUGGAAGAAGAAUCCCAAGCCAGGCAGUGCAAUGGGGGAGACCUUCCAUGAUCGACGCGGAGCGCCGCCUUCUAGCGAACGCCCUUCUCGACUUCUCUAACGAAAGAUUCAUCCUCCUCUCAGAAACCUGCAUUCCUCUCUACAACUUCACCACCAUCUAUAACUACCUCAUUAAUUCCCAAUACACCUUCGUUUCUUCCUACGACGAUCCCCGAAAAAUAGGUCGUGGUCGAUACAACCCCCGGAUGUUCCCAAUCGUAUCGAUCGCCGAUUGGCGAAAAGGGUCGCAGUGGUUUGAAGUAGAUCGAACGGUGGCCAUCGAGAUAAUCUCCGACACGACAUAUUACCCUAUUUUCAGGGAGCACUGCGGGCCGCCAUGUUACAUGGACGAGCAUUACAUUCCUACGUUGGUUAAUAUUGUUUUGCCGGAGCGGAAUUCCAACCAAACCGUUACUUGGGUUGAUUGGUCCAAAAACGGUCCGCACCCGGGCAGGUUUGGGCGGCGGGAGAUCUCGCUCGAGCUUUUGAACCGGGUUCGGUUUAGUUUUAAUUGUAGUUAUAAUGAUGGAAAAAACGACACCGUUUCACUAUGCUUUUUGUUUGCUCGGAAAUUCAUGCCCGAUUCUUUACAACCUCUACUCAAGAUUUGGCCGUCACUAUUGCAAGGUUUGAUUUAAAGCUUUUAACUAUAUAAUCAUAUAAUGUUUGGUAAAUUAUGAAAACUCAUUCAAUUCCUUUUCACACAAAUUGAUGUAAUCUUUAUUUGAAUUAUAGUAUUAUACGAAACAGUUUUUAUUUGGAUUUCAUGAAUUUAAUUAACGAGACCAUUAAUUAAUU